CCCUAAGGGGGUCGGGAUCAUAGACUAUCGUCUUCAAGUGGCAUUUCUGUCAAUGCAGUCAGCGAUAUUCUGAAUGCAAUUAGCAUCAAGGUGCAUCUAAGUCAUUUGGAGGCCCCUUAGGGUUUAAAACGUAAACAGUAUAUUUUGAACUCAAUAUCGGGGGUGAGAGGAACAAGGCCUGUUGCAGGUGAUAAUUGCGAAAUGUUGAAAAGUCUCAUCAUGGAAGAAAAGGUUAAGGGCAUGAACUUAUGAGUUAUAUAGCCUUUGGAUUACAAUUCACUUGUUCUACCAGUCAAAAAGAGUAUGCAACUAUACUUUCUCUUUCUACUCAUAGCUCUUCAGGUUUGGAAAUCUCGGUCUCUUCAACUAGGUAGAAAAGUAGCUAUACCUGCUGGAGGACGUGUUCAAUAUCAACAUUUAGAUCACUCUUCUUACCAGUUUGGAUACGAUACCGGCACUGGCCCAAGCCAAUCCUUUAGAGAAGAGACUCGACAUUCUAAUGGAACAGUACAAGGACGCUAUGGUUUCAUAGACCCAUUGGGAACACUACGAAUUGUAGACUACAUAGCAGACGGCAAAGGAUUCCGUAUACUUUCCUCAUUGAAAUUAACUGCAGGACCUUCAUCUAAGAAAGUUCCAAAAACUUCAAGACCGACAAAGCCACCAACAACUAAGCCAACACGAAAACCUCUAAUUCUGCCUUUUUUAGGACCUAUUCCACCUUUCUUGCCACGAAGUACUUAAAAAAUGUUAGUUGAUAUCAGAAUAAUUAACUUUAGCUAAAUUAAAGGCUUGAUGUUUAAUAAAAAAUUCUAAAGCUGUAUUUAUUAAGAAAUAAUGUUUAAAUAAAUUAAAUAAUUUU